CGCCGACUUUGCAAAUAUAUAUCAGAGUAUGAUUGCAUAUUCUCUUCUCCCUUCUCUUUUUGUCCUUUUUUCUUUCUUAUCUUAUUCACGUUUCUUUAGCACGAGAUUCUACUCAUUCACAUUAUUUCUAUCUUUUUUUAUUUCGAAUAAUUAUUAUUACACAUAUCCCAACUAUGCUAUUAAUCACGGCUGCGGAUCAAUAUAUCGGGUUUGCCAUUACGUCUUAUUUGGCACAAUAUGAGAGACUCCGGCCCCAUCUUCGGGUGUUAUGUGAAUACAAGACACGUUGUCUUGGCUUUAGCAAAAUUGGUAUAGAUGUUCGUCAAGUCAAUUAUAGUCACCCGAAUCAACUUUCUAUGGCAUUACGUGGUGUGGACACUAUUAUUCUUUGCAAUAGUAAUGAAGAAGACCGCCUACAGAACGCCCAGCAUAUCUGUAAUGCAGCUGCACACUCUGGUACUAUGAACAUUGUCUAUAUCUCUCAUGUCGGUGCAUCUUCGAGCGACCACAGCGCUCUGCAAGAAUAUAACAAAAUUGAACAAGAAGUCAUCCAGACCAAUUGCCCGUAUACUAUCCUUAGACUGGAAUUUAUACAGCAAUAUUUCCAUCUGUGGUCCAGCUAUGCAGAGAAGCAACGUUCUCUCCUACUACCUCUGGCCUCAGAUACCACUAUUUGUCCUAUCGAUAUUGAAGAUGUAUGUAAAGUAGUUGAAGAAUUACUCAUUGAUAACAAGCAGCAAACGUGUAAACCUUUGGAGGAUAGACAUGAUGGCCAAGUGUACGUUCUAACUGGUCCAGAAAGCUUCACUGCCGGACAGAUCGUUGACAUAUUGGCCCGAGCCACAUCUUAUGACCACUUUAAAUAUCGCCAAGGCAGACCCAUGGAUGUCUCGUAUUAUCUUAAGGGCUUGGGAAAAGACAUUUGGUUCGAUGCUCGUUUGAAAUCGGAACGCUCAAAAAUAUACCAUGAUUCGUUUAGCAACAACAAUUUUAAAGAUAAGGCAUAUGCUGCCCCUACAGCCAAACAGAUCCAAACUUUUCUUGAUUACUUUGAUUGGGCCCAGAAAACAGUUGGCAGUAUAAAGUUACCUCAUACUAAAUUCUUAAUCGGUGCAACACCCCAAAGUAUUCAGACUUUCUUUGAAGAGAAUGCAAAUAGCUUUAAACCCAGAGUCUAGAUACCUGGAAGGCGUAAUGCAGGUUCGCCGCUAUUUUAAAAAAACGUCAUAUACACAUCUAUAUAGCUCCUAUUUUCAUUGAAAAAGCCUGCCUUAAAGUCGUGUUACAACACAUACAGUCAAGAAUAAAAAAGCCUAAAAUGACGCUCUGAUAAGUAGCAACAUCAUUUUGACUCGCAUGCUUCUUAUUUUGUUCUAGUAUGUGUCAAUGCAGCAAAUGUUUGUACAAAAAAAAAACAAAACC